AUGUCUCCUUCGAAUACAAGGUCGGUGGAGAAUGGCAAUAACGGAGGAGGAGGAGGAGGAGGAGGAGGAGGAGGCAAGAAUUUCAUAGAGCACCAAGUCUCCAAGAUGGACACGCUUGCCGGCGUUGCCAUCAAAUACGGCGUCGAGGUGGCUGACAUUAAAAGGAUGAAUGGGUUUGCUACAGAUCUUCAAAUGUUUGCUUUGAAGACUUUGAAAAUACCUUUGCCAGGAAGACAUCCGCCAUCUUCCCCUCUUUCUCUACGAGAAAACAACACUGAAAAAUCCACCCCAUGUCUUGGCCAAGCUAUUGUGCUAGAACCAUUCCGCUCCGUGGGUUCAAAAGCUCCCAAAGAGAAAGUCACUCCAGCAAUGAGCACUUUACAAAAAUACUAUGGUCUAAGAUCUCCAAAUUUGAGGGAUACAGCUGAAGGCAUGGAGAUGGCAGUCUACAGAAGUCGAAGUUCAGAAUACGUCAAUGAUGAGGUGCUCUCACCAUUGUCUGAAAGUCACCCUAACAAGUCUAGGCAUUCUUCAAUUGAUCUUUUAGCUGAGAAUGGUGCAAUGGCUGAUUAUACGCCCCUUGCAGAACCUGGAAAUGGGGAAGGUGAGAAAUCUGAUGAGAAAUCGGUCCGAAGGCGUCAGAAAGCUGAAGUUGAUAAUGGUACUGGUACACCAGAAAGGCUGUUAAAAGGGGAAAACAGUGGUGGGAGCAGUGGUUUCUCUUCUUCAACAGGAAAUGGUUUAGCCAUGAGGCAGAAAUCAGCAAGCCGAGCAGUACUGCAAUCUGAUUCAGAGUCAGGAUGGUUGAACUCCAUUCCAGUGGGAUUAGGCGAUUCUAUCAUGACUGACGAAAUGGCUGUCGUUCGUAAAUCAUCAAGCACAUCAAGCUUAAAAGACCAGGAGAGUAAUAACACAGCAUCAGUUUGGCCAACGUCAAGGUGGAGCUUGAAACAAGACUUGCAAGCUCUCUCAACUGCAACGAUGGCUAGACCAAUCUUUGAUGGCUUACCGAAGCCAAUAACUGGCCGCUGGAAAGCUGCCCUUGAUUAG